AUGUCUGCUGCUACGGCGAAUCCCAAGCUAUCAACUGACCAGAAGCCGGCCGAGGAGACGAUACUUUGUUCUAUCUGUCCUAUGCUGGUCAAGCCUGGCAUUCUCCCCCAUGACGACCCCGACCACAACACCCUCAAAACCUUCAUCGAUCUCCUCAACACCACUGCCACUGAGAAGGAGCAACGUCUGAAGGUGUCUCCUUUCGGAGCAGUGGGCAACACCUUCGACUUCAGCGACCCCGCCAAGUGUCACCUUCCUAACGUCUGGCAGUUUACUGACCAGGCCGACCUUGCCCGCCUAUACGACGCCGUUUUCCGCAGCGACAAACAGCCCGACUUCAUCAAGGCCGCCAACCUCCAGAUCUAUAUCUGGUUUCCCCAGCGUGGGCCCCAGCCCUCCAAAAAGCCUAACUUUCACCAUCUGAUCGACAUCCGGAACUUCACCCUCCAUGGCUGGUGUGGAUGUCUCCCCCGCGACGACCCGAAGACGAGCCGUACCUUGGUCCUGACUACGGACCGCAUACUUGAGGACUGCCCGCACUGGUCCAAGCACCCUGCCACGCCGGUCCCGCCCAUACCUGGCAGCCACGCGGUGGCGUCCCAUGGGCCUCCUCCCACCCGGAUUGGCGUCAUAAACAGCCACUUCCCCCACGGGGUGCUGUACCCACCUCCCCCGGAGGACCAGAACUCAAACAUCGUCCCUCAUCACAUUUACGGUGGAAUCCACUUGGACCAUAGCCACGGACAGGCACUACCGCCCCCAGGCAUGCUCUCGAAUGACAAGCCCGCCUGGCCCGAGUCUCCUAUUGUCCCCAGGAAGAUUUACCUAAACUAUUCGACAUCGCAGAAGAUUGUCGCUGUCCACGGUCUGGGCGCGCAUCCCGAGCAUACCUGGGAGGGCAAACCAAUCGAUAAAGUCAAGCCAAAAGUUCACCUCCUUCGAGACCUGCUCCCACGCGCCUUCCCGACCGCAAGAAUUCUGUCCUUUUCGUAUAACUCUGACUGGCUGGUGGAUGCGCCCGAGAAAACGGCACAGCAGAUCGGUCAUAGACUGGCGGAGAGACUUGCCGAACAUCGGGGCGAAGCGUUACGCCUUCCCAUCAUCUUCAUUGGGCAUAGCUUCGGCGGUAUCGUCAUCAAACAGGCUCUUUGCGUGAUGGCCGGGCCUUCGAGUAUCCUGGAGGACACAUGCGGCAUCAUCUUCCUCGGAACCCCUCACCAAGGGUCAUCACUGUCUAUCGCGGCAUCUCUCCUGGGAAAGCUGACCGCCUUGCUCGGCUCUAACACAGCACUGCUCCUCACCCUACAAAGCAAUCACAACCAACUGUCAGACCUGGAAGACAACUUUCGGCGUGUCGCUGCUGACAAGCAAAUUACAUCGUUUUACGAGACGAAGCCUACGUUUUAUCUGGGAUUUUCCAUCGGCUGCAUUGUCAACAGAGAGUCGGCCAGAGGCUUUGCAAAAGAUCCUGUCAGUAUAGACACAGAUCACGCGGGGCUCAAUAAGUUCAAUAGUCCAGCCCACCCCGGAUUCAAAGCAAUCAAGACGGUCAUUGAGAAGCUUCGCGCCAAGCCCCUGAUUCAGCAGGCCGACGACGUCUUACUUGAGAAGCAAUACACAAGCGAAAAGCUCAAGAUUGAGCGGCUAUCAGGAGAAGAGUUGUCAAUGGAUCAAUGCUAUAUCAACCUCGCCAUCGUGGAGCAGGUCCAAGCGAAGAUGUCUGCGCGAGACGACCUGGAAGCGAAAAGCUCUGCGCCAAAGUCAUCGCCAUUCUCGCUGCUUGCGCGAAUCAAUCUUGAGACAUCAUCAGAUCACAGUCAAGUCCAGUUGAAAGACAUCUUUAGUCAGCGCAAAAGAUCCGACGGGAAGGAAAUCUUGCCCAGGAGGGUCUUGAUUCGCGGACGCGCUGGGGUAGGCAAGACCACCCUAUGCAAGAAGAUGGUUUACGAAUUUGUCAGCGGCGGAAUGUGGCGCGAUCUAUUCGACCGUGUGCUCUGGGUGCCUCUGAGGAACUUGAAGGAACGACCAGCCCCCGGAUAUAACCUGGAGAGAUUUCUCUUUGAUGAGUUCUUCCGGCUUCAAGGAGACGAAUCAGGCAAGGUCUUUGCUAAGGAGACGAGCGAGGGGUUAAAGCACAAUCGAACGCUGUUUAUUCUCGAUGGAUGGGAUGAAGUGAAUGAGAUGGCCACCGCAAAAUCUGACAUGUCCCGUUUCCUAUGCGACGAGCUACUCCGCCAACCAAACAUCAUCAUCACGUCGCGGCCACACGCUAGCAUUCCCACUCGAGACCAGCCUAUUGACCUGGAGCUGGAAACAAUAGGAUUCAACCCGACGCAAGUGGACUUAUACAUCGAGAAAACGCAUGAGAAGACGGAUACAAAGAAGGUGGACGAGAUCAAGAAUUUCCUGCAACGCCACGAAAUUGUCAGAAGUCUCGUCCGGAUACCCAUACAGCUGGAUGCUUUCUGCUAUUGUUGGGAUGACAACAAUUACAGCAACAACAAAGUCGAAACUAUGACAGCGCUCUACCAAGCCAUUCAAACAAGCCUGUGGAGGAAAGACAUUCCACGGCUGGGAGAGGAGCACGGGGUACUCACCACUCAGAUCAACGGACUGAAACGCAGUGACCAAGUCCUUAUCGAGAGGGACGUAAGAGAAGAAAUCAAUUUCCUUGGGCAUCUUGCUUUCGACGGACUAGUGGCCGAUAGGCUAGAGUUCGAUUGGGGCGACAUUAACAGGACAUGGGCCAAGGAGGUUAAACCCGACAGAAUUCGUUCGCCUAGCAAUACCCUACCAUGCCUCUCUUUUCUGCGGACUUCAGAUCCCUCAGCCAAGUCCACUGACCGAACCUAUCACUUCAUUCACUUGACAUUUCAGGAGUACUUCGCAGCCCGAUACUUCGUGGGGCAGUGGAAUGCCCACCAAUCACCUGAGCCUAGUAAAGAGCAAAUCACCCCUCUUAGGUUUCUCCGUGAACACAAGUACGACGCACGUUUCAACUGCGUCCUUGUCGCCAGCCCAACAGUACCAGCUCCUCCCCUCCAUGUCGAAAUGUCACCGCGACAGCGCAGAUACACGGAUGCGUACGAUUCUGAUGCUUCAUUCUCGCCCGACGAUGAUUGCGACGUUCCCGACCGGAAAGAUGGCCUAGACAACGUUCCAAGCGACGUCGAGGCCUUCUGCGAAGAUGACGAUGCCAAAACCAUCUGUGGAGAGGACGAGGACGACGCCGACGAUGCCGACGGAACCCUCCACGAAGACGAUGACUUCGACGUGGAAGACCAGGUUAUGCUCUUCGACGGCAAUGUCCACCCACCUGAAUAUUGGCUGCGCGAGCUAGAGAACUUCAACGAGGAUGCCUUCGCUUGUCAAGAUUACAGCCCCGGGACGAAGUUGCUCCUUGACGCCGUGGAGGAACAGUGGCACCAGUAUUGCAAUGUCAUCAAGCGCGAUGUCCAACAGUGCUACGCGACCAUCUCUACUAGACUUCUGCACACCUUCUUCGACUGGUUCCUGAGUCAGAAGGUCGGAAAGGAUGGCAGGAAGAAACGCGGAAUAAAGAAGAAGAGCUCAUUGGGCACAUAUUGGAAAGUCUUCAGGCUAGUCUACGAGAGAGCCAUGUGCGACAAAGUUGACCCAAAGUUGAACCGCAGCAUGCAUAGGGAAGCGAAGAAGCACGGUCUGAACGAACAGCGGCGAGCCAAUCGAUGCAUGACGAUUGAUGACCUCAGGCAGCAGAUCGAGACCACGCUUAGUACGACGAAGAAGUCAUUCAAGCUCGGAGAACUACGCAUCCUCGCCGUGCUCUUUCUCCUCCUGCUUGCUCCCGCCGGCUCCAGGCCAAAAGCGACGUUGGACCUGCGAUUCAAGGAUGUCAAGGUCGCUUUAGCAAGAGAUCCGGAAGGCGGGCCACACAAACUGCUUCUUCGGUUCACUCCGGAGUUUACCAAAACCUACUUAGGCUUCGAGUAUCCUACGAUAGCUUACAAUCUGCGCUACAAUGCGGCCAACGCGUUUGACCAGAGCGUCGACGUCAGCGAGGCGCUGAGAAACUUGGCCAUGGGACACGCCAACUCCGAUCCUUUCCAGAGGCACUAUCUCGGGCGGAACAUCUCCGCUGAUCUUUGGGGCAUACUUCGCGGACAAAAGCCACAGCAGGCACUUCUCAAACAGUCUUGCAGCAUUGGUCACUCCAUAUCCCAGCGCCGUCCCAUCGAUCUCACGGCAGAGCAGUCUGCCUCUGUGGUGACGCAUCCGACCAUCAGAAGUCUGACGAAAGCUGCCAUGGGACUACCUCUAGGUUCCCAACAGUACAAAGAUACUAAACGAGCUAUACGAAACGAAAAGCAGAGGCUCAAGAGAGAGCUGAAACAGAGUAUUAGAGAUGAGUGGACCGAUGAGCAGGCCACUGACGACAUCGAGCGCCAAAUUCACGGCCCCCAAUUGUCCCGACACUGGAAGGGCAGUAUACUCGCAGAGAUGAUGCCAUCCAAGCAGUGUCUGCAUACUGUCUUGUUCAAGAAGGUUGUGCCAUACGCCAGCUCCACCAAAGGCCAAAAGAGGUGA